GUUGAUGAAGAAAAAGGCGGAGCAGGAAAUUGGUUUUGAGGCCAAGGAUCGAAUGCGGACCUUAAGCCUGCAGGCAGCUCUGUAAGCAGCUGUGUGCUGCUUGGAAGAGGACCAACAAGAAUCAUGAUGGCCGUUAGCUGUACAGCAAAAGCUUUUGAGGAUUGUGUAUUUUGGUGGAUUCAAUAAAUAAUAAUAAAGAUGGGGCUGAAAACAUAGUUUGUGCACUUGCCCUUGACGUAGUGGAAGCCAUGGGUGGGGGAAAGAUUAAAAGGGGCUGUGUUUGAUCUGCCCCCUGAAAAAAAAAUUCCUCCUUACACCUAGGCUAUUCCUAGCCAAGUAGAAUUAAGAAACUAAUGUUGCCACAGAAUGUAGCUGUGUAAAGUAAGAGCUGCUUAGGCAUAUGGGGUCAGUCUAGUCAAAAUCCACCCCAUCAAAUGAGUUCCUUUGAACUAGAGAUGCUAGUGAAGACACAUCAUCCAGGGCAUAAGAAUUCCGUCAGAGGGUAGCACAGAAAUGCUUCAGGGGCAAGGGUAUGACGUUGGGGGGGAAAGGAAUGACACAGGAUUCACUUGGGACAUUUUAGGCACAGCACAGGAAUUUGCCUGGAAGACCUUGGGAGCAAAACAUCUCAUAAGCCUGAUGAUGGUGAUUGGAAGUCAGUUGGGAAGGGAGCCGAGAGCAUGAGCCUGUUGGGUAAGGGAAGGUAUCUUUGGCUAUGAGGGGGGUACAGCUUAGUAAGGUAGCAUUUGAUGAGAGGUGGAGCAGGUGCACUUUGUGCCACCCAAGGUCCUCUGCAGUUUGGCACCAGGUAAAACUCCUUAAUCAAAGGCCAGGUUUGGGAGGAAGGACAAUCCCGAACAACGUUCUUGGCGUUUUAAUACCCAGAAGAAAGUUGCCUAGUUUGCCUUGACUACAAGAGGACCUGAACAAAGCAUUUACCUAAUGCUGCUUGUGUAGAAAAUAGCUUGCUUACUUGUCAUGAGAAGCCAGGAUUCUUCACUAGGGGUGUUUCAGGUCCUCCUUUAAAAGUCAACCAAGUCAGUCUUGACUUCCCCAGCCUCAAAAUGGAACGUGGGGCCUCUUAAUUGCAGAAUUGUAAAGAGCAUAGACGGCAGUAGGGUAAGAGCCAUGUUGAUUGAUCAUGCAUUAGUAGUGGCAGGAGCACGGUUCUCUCAAAAUGAGAUAGAGAGGAGAGAUUGCUGUAGAAUCCCAAGCUUUUUUCUCUAUAGCUUGGAAUAUUUUGCAGCUUGUUGAAAACUCGGUUCCACAGGAGCACAGCUCCCUGACGAAGCUAUUGUCCUCUGAAUGCCCAUGGAAUUACAGGCUCAGAGCUGAGAUGUGGCUGAAGUUUAUGCCUGGAGUCGGUAGGCUCUUGUGGCUAACAGAGUUAAUGGUGUUUUGCCUAUGCCGUCUUUAAAUUUGAUUCCUUGGAUGACCCUGCCCUGAGUGUUUUAUGUUCUUUUUUUUUACCAAAACAUUUUGCUGGUACAGUAGUGGCUUGCUUUGUGCCUACUGAGUUAUGUAACACCAAAACAUAAAAUUUGUCUCCUUUAUGCAGCAACGUUGGAUUUGAGUGUCUGAUCUUGUUAGAAUCUCGCAAACAACUUGAGAAACCCAUCAUUAUUGAAUGUCCCUGCGUAACCUAACUGCAUUUGUAGGCUGUGAUCUUAAGCAUGCAUUGGAUCUUAAACUGGGAGUCGGAGAGGACUGGUCCAUCGUCGUGUGUGGAAGGUGAUGGCUGUGCCAAGGAUGCUGUGAGCAGAAAUCAUCCAUGCCUUUUGUUUGUUUUUUUUGGCUAAACAUGUGAGACUACAGGAAGACGAGAUGGAGAAUUGGGGGUAACGAAGCGAGAGGAUUGGGCAAAACCCUCAGGAAAACAGCUACAAGCACAUCUCGACUCUUCAGCAAAUUUUGGAGGGCUUUCCACUUGACAACGGACCAUGAGCGAUGAUUUGAUUGCCUGGGAAAACGCGACGACGGAAGGCGUGACGACAGUGCCUGGCGAGGUGAACACCCAGGAUGGGUAUGUCUUGCUCUUGGUGCUUCUCUCCAUCUUCAUCGGGGGCACCCUGGUGCUUCUGUUUGGCAUCCUGAUCGUCUGCCGGCGCUGCUGCGAGACGGAUCGGCGGCACUCCAGAGCCAGUGAUGACCCAGAGAAGACAAACACUACCUAUCUGGACGACUCUCACCCUGCUCAAGAGAUCACCAUCAAAGUGGACGACCCCGACUGCAUGUCCAGCUCCAGUUACCGGGAUGCGGAGAGCGAACGGUUCCUGUCCUCCGGCAGUGCCACGGGGCGACGGGUGUCCUUCAAUGAGGCUGCCCUUUUCGAGCAGAGCAAGAAGACCCAAGAGAAAGGGAGGAGGUACACGCUGACUGAAGGAGACUUUCACCACCUGAAGAACGCCCGCCUCAGUCACCUGCCCUUGCCCCCUUCCGCCACCCUCAAGAUCGUCACCAUCCACGAGUGUGAAUCCAACGAUAACAGCAUUGCCAUGACGCCCCGGCGCCCACCCGCCAAGCCCAGCCUUGCUAUUUUCCAGCCAGUAGGCGGCACCCUGCCCGAGACGGCGUUAACCAGCCACGGAAUGUGCGCCAGCUCAGCAUUACCAGGGGACCCCUUUAACUCCACUGUUGAGGCUGGCUCCUCCAUUUCUUCCGAUUCUGGCGAGGGAGUCUCUUCCGAGAGCACAGCCUGGAACCCAAAGGGCACAGGAGUGGGCAGCACCGCCGCCAGGGAGCCCUCGCCGGGGCCUGCCCAGGGCACCGUCCUUCACUUCUUCACCCGCCUGCGCCGUCACGCCAGCCUGGAGGGCGCCGUCCCCUAUUUCAGGAUCAAGAGGUGGAAGCUGGAGAGCAGCCAGCGAGCCUCUAGCCUGGACACGCGAGGCUCCCCCAAGCGCCAUCAGUUCCAGCGGCAGAGGGCAGCCAGUGAGAGUAUGGACCAGGGAGACCGAGAUGCCCACCAGACCGACAUCAUCCAGUACAUUGCCCGGACGGACGACGUGGCGUUCUGCCCCAUGGGCGGGCCUUUCCUGCCCGCUCCAGCCAGCCCCACCUUAUCCCUCGGCAGGUUAGAACCAUCCGAGCAACCCAGCUCCCCCUCCACUGAGCCCCCAGCUUUGGAACAGCAGCCCACCCCCCUUUAUCAUGACAUCUGGAGCCUCCGAGCAUCGCUGGAGAUGUACGUUUCAUCAGAGCAGAGCAACGAUCGGGACUCGGUGCGCAGCGACGGCGGGGACAGCAUCUCCUCAAGCGGGUUGCCCAACUUCCCUUCUCCUCUGGCAGACGAGGCCGAAGGAGGCGAGGACAAACUGUGGGGCAAACCCAAGCAGGACAGCAUGGACUCGGAGGCUGGAACGCGCAAGCUUUUGCAGAUGGACAGCGGCUACGCCUCCAUUGAAGCUCCCAGUGGGCGUCUUGGCGAGGAACAGACGGCCUCUGAGAAACGUUAUUGCUUCACCAGUGCUGGGCGCAAGGCUACCAUCUUUGAGAGCUUUGAGGGCCAGGAGCCGGAAGAGGAGGAGGAGGAGGAGGAGGAAGAGGAGGAGGAAGGCACAGCGGGUGGUCUGCCACCUGCACAUAGUCCACUGGUUUGGGCCCCGUACGGCCAGCUGUUCCCCACGCGCAAUGCUUUACCCCGCCGGGACUACAGCAUAGAUGAAAAAACUGAUGCUCUCUUCAAUGCUUUUGUCCGUCAUGACCCCCAGUUUGAUGAGUCACCCCUGCGGGUGAAGCAUCGUUCCCGCACCCACCUGCGCAAGCAAUGGCAACGCACCAAGCAGUACAGUGACCCUGGUGUCCGUUAUCCUACGGCCUUGGAGAGGCACCGUACUCCGUUACGGCGGGGUGACAGCGUCAACUACCCACUGGAGGGGCGCUACCACAGCACCCUGCCUCGCAUUAUCAGUGCCGGGGAUGAGGAGGUAACAUCACCAGCAGCUGAAGCCAGUGACAAAAUCCAGGUAAUAGUGGAGGAACCGCCAGAGGAGGCCAAGAUGGCACCUGACCCUUACGGCAGCGGUUGCUUCAAUGGGGGUCAGUGUCCAGGGCUGGGCAACCUUGGCACUGAACUAAUGGACAAGAUCGCUGGGGGGUUGGAGGACAGGUUCUAUGGGCACUUGAAAAAAACAAGAGAGAGUCCAGAGUGCGUCGUGGUUGUGGCCGACGCCUCCCCUGACCACAGCCCGGAGUAGUAGGAGCAGGGUAACACAGUUGAAUCGCGGAUGAGGUAGCCACCUCUCUCUCCUUGCCCCGGUGCUGGCAGUGCCACUGUGGGAUUUGCCAGCCAAACGGGCGUAGGGCACUCUGGGGGUGUGAAAGAUGUGGCACUAUCUCAGAGGGCCGAGAGCAGCUCACUCCACCGGGCGUUGCUGCUCUGACAGGUUCUACGUGGAGGGCCUCGCGUGGCGUGUCUCACGUGGAUGCUCGCCCUCCGCGGUUGGAGGGCGAGGGAGGAAGUCCCGUCCAUGCGGGGAGCCAGAGGGCAGAGUCUGCCGAGGGUUGUGGGGGAAACGCUGGCGAGGCUGCGGCCGUCUGUGCAUCUCCAGCACCCCCAUGCAAUGGUGGGGGAGCAAAUCCCUGGCUUGCUUUCUGCUUGCGAGGGGCCAAGGAGAGGAGGGUCUGGCUGGUGGCGGCCUCAACUCCCUUCUUGUCGGGCGGAGAGGGGUCCUGAGCCUAGCUAGUUCUUCCUUCCCCUUCAAAGUGGGUUUUGCCAAAGCAGGCUCCUCUGUUGCACAGCCCGGAAGUCACGCUUUUUGAAGGGGCUUCAGGAAAGGCCCCAAGACCUAGCGGAGGCCCAACUUUUACCUCACGACACAAAGAGCUGGUUGUAGCAGAUACUCAUGACUCCUUCACCUUCACACACGCUCUCUCUGGUUUUUUUACAAGCAAUACCCUUGUCCUUUCCUCCUCCUCCCGUCUGUCCUUGGGAGUCCACGUGGCGGUAGGUGCUGACGCCUCGCCUUCCGGAUGGGACAACCCCCCUACCCAGGCUUGACUGCUUGGCCUCAAUCGCUCCCCUGCCGGCUUCUUUGAGACAGACUGUCGUUUGCAUGGGACGGGCUAUGGAAGUGUGGAUUCUUUAACCCCUUUGGGGUGGAUGGCUGAGCAUGGAUUACUACAUAGGCUUGUCUUUUUUAAUGUAUGGGGUGGCAGUGGUGGUUUGGGGUGAGGAGAGCUAUUUUUUUGGGGGGGGGGAAUCUCCAGAUUGAGGCUUGCAGUGGGAACGGCAUCUCCCAUCUUUUCCUUUUAGCAGGUCAGCCAUCCAUCUCUCCUGUACCUGCAUCACUUCUCUGUCUCUCUAUAUCUUUACCUUUACCAUCCCUAUUGGGGUCCUCUAAAUUCAUCAGUGAAGGCAUACAGCACUCCCCCUCCUGGAGGGGGGGGAUGAUCUGGCUUUCCUUCUCAUCCCAGAGUCCUUUGUGUAAAGGUACCAAAUUGCGUCACUGAAGAGGAAAAAAUGGGGGAGGGUAAGGCAAGGCUGCUGCCAAACUCCUCAGGUUUCUAGUCCUUAUGGGAAUCUGGAUUAAUAAGUGGAGAAAUAUCCAGUUCCCAGCAUUGUUGUUGGCUCUUCCUGGAUGAGACUGGGCAGGGGGUGAUUGACUUGUGGGCCCUCCCCAUUGUUGGUGGAUUGCAAUUCGCAGCAGCCAGCACAGGUAAGGGUCUGGGAUGAUGGGAGUUGGAACUCUGCACACGUUGCUAGAGUCCUAUCUCACUCCUCUGCCUGAUGGAGAGAAGAGCAGUGAGCCUCUUGGUUUGGGGACAGGAGAAGGCCAGCAGCAGCAAUAGGAGAUGAGCAGUGUUCACCGCUCACACCGUCACCGGGCACAACUGCAAAAACCACUCCCUCUUUCUGCGACACCUUCUUCCGCAAUCUGCCGUUCUCCAAAUAGAUGCAAAGGGGGAUGCAUUAUCUCUUCUCUACCCCCGAAGAAAUUAUUUAUGUCUGAGUUUUACCCCAUCUUUUAAAAAACAUAUAUAUCUAA